AUGCCUGAAUCCGCUCCCUCAUCGCGAAAAAGAGUUCGGACAUCGAUAGGAAAGGCUUGCGAUGAAUGUAGGCGACGUAAGACUAAGUGCAAUGGUGGCUUGCCCUGUGAUACUUGCAGGAAGUAUGGUGGAACAUGUCACUUCCGAUCUUACGUUCGGCGACGAAAGAGGGGCCUAGCAUCCUCUUCCCGCGAACAUUGUGACCCACAGGCAGAGGAGGAUGAAGGAGUCGAGAAAAACUUGGAGGUGUCUCAACAGCCUCUAUUACCUAGCUUAUUACCCGGCGACGAGCAGUAUGGCGAUCAUAUAACAGCCACCGACAACAGUUGUCUAUCGUCAUCACCUCAACUAUAUUACGGCCCUCCGUCCAAUUUUGCAUUUCUGCAACAAAUAUAUCAGCAGCUCAAGUCCAUUGCAAAAGCUCCUUUCAGUAGUACCAACCCUAGAGCAGAUGACGGCGAUACGGCUCUAGACUGGUUCGGCUAUCGACGACUUUUUUUUGGGAAUACGUCUUCUGAUCUCAUAUCAAGGAGUUCAACACAGAUGCUGAUUGUGCCGGAACAUCUUGCGAACAGCUUUGUCGACCUUUUUAUAUCAACUCUUGGGCCAUUCUUCCCAUUCAUCUCACGGACGCGAAUAGAGGGAAUGCUUCAAACAUUCUACUCUUUCCCAAACACUUCGAGUGGUAGCGCUCUAGAGCGCGGUAUCCUUAUGGCUAUUUUAGCUUUAGGAGCGACCUUGACAGAGCACGUGCAAUUAGGUGAAGAUCUCUUUUUAAGAGCAAAAUCUGAAAUGCAUACCAUUGAAGAUCUCGUUAAUGUUCAAGCUGUUCAGCUGCCCUUACUAACCUAUGAUUACGCCCACUAUCAAGCAGUAGUUGGACGUAUAAAUUCUGCGUAUUUACAUCUCGGCACCGCAGUCCGAAAAGCUCAUGCCGCCGGUCUGCAUAGAGCAGCCUCGUCGCUUUCAGUCUCUGAGUUUAAAGAAGAGAGAGUCGAGACAUUCUGGUCUCUUAGUAUGACAUCCUUUAGUCUGGGGAGACCGGCGGCCUUGUCCGAGAAUACUAUAUCUGUCGGCUAUCCUACUAAACCAUCAUUCUUACGGAUUUGGGUGGAAAUUGCAUCCUUAGCAUCUACAGCAAGUCACACUGUCUACAGAUCAGGUGGUAUCCACUCCAAGACUAACAUUGAAGCCGCUUGGGAUAUACAUCGCAAGUUACAAGCCAUAAAGCUCACUCUUGAACACAAGUUGCAAUUUGACUUACAAUCCUCAGCUCAUCCUACUCUUGAACAACUACAGCAGACUGCUGAAAAAGUACCGGCUUCAGAGAAUAUUGCCCCUCCGUGGCUUCUUAAAGCAUGCCAAGUGGCAGUCUUUGCCGCUCAAGAGCUGAUAGCUUUUGCUAGCAGAGCUGCGAAGGCGAAUUCUUUAAUAAAUAAUUUGAGAUACAACGCUUAUUACAUCGAGAGCGCUUGCUUUGUACUUGUCUGGGACACCUUGAGAGAUAAAGAUACCACAGACAAGAACUUCUAUUUUAUCAAUACUGCCCUUUACCAUCUUCGGCAGAUGAUACCUUCGGAAGCCAUUUCAUGCAGUGUUUUCGCUAUUGAGCGGAUGUUGUCUGCAAUAUCGCAACUAACAUCCGAGGCUACAGCAAGUGCUCAUCAAGCCAAAUCUUCACACUCCGUCCUGGAUAUGGAAAGUCUUGACUCCGAAUUAUUACAACAGCCGUCAACCGAUUGGAUGCUGGACAUCAUAGAGUCGCAAUUGAGCGUGGAUGAUCCUGCGUGGGAUUUUAAUUCAUGGCCGCUUGAUCUUGGCUUAUUUGUAUCUUGAUUUUGGAUUUUGGAUUCGAAAUUUCACGUGGGAGGUUGGGUAGAUUCAGAAGUAGCGCAUAUUGCACUAGUGAAUUUGACACAUUUUUUACUUCGAGUCGCAAUCUUUUUCUAUGCUA